AUGGAUUUGAAGACAUUAAAACUGUUUAAUUCUCAGUUGAGAUGUGGUUGGCUUUUGUAUAUUUGGAAUAGAGCAUUUAUGGCACAUCUCAGGAGCAAGCUAAAAAGGCUACAGGGACAUUUAUGCCAACUCGCAUUUGUCAAGUUGAAAGCUGUGUGGAGCAGAAAAGCAGUUCUCCCAGCUGCAAAGAAGAUGCAAAGGAGCCGAGUCCCUCAGGAUGAAUGGACAGGGUACACCCCUCGAGGUAAAGAUGAUGAAAUUCCCUGCCGUAGAAUGCGGAGCGGCAGCUACAUCAAGGCCAUGGGAGAUGAAGACAGUGGGGACUCGGACACCAGCCCCAAGCCUUCUCCCAAAGUUGCUGCGCGAAGGGAAAGCUAUCUCAAGGCUACUCAGCCAUCCCUUACAGAACUCACCACACUCAAGAUUUCCAAUGAGCACUCCCCCAAACUCCAGAUCCGGAGUCACAGUUACUUGAGGGCGGUCAGUGAGGUCUCCAUCAACCGAAGCCUAGACAGCCUUGACCCUGCGGGCCUGCUCACAUCACCAAAGUUCCGCUCCAGGAAUGAGAGCUACAUGCGAGCCAUGAGCACCAUCAGCCAGGUGAGCGAGAUGGAGGUGAACGGGCAGUUCGAGUCGGUGUGCGAGUCGGUGUUCAGCGAGCUGGAGUCACAGGCAGUGGAGGCCCUGGACCUGCCGAUGCCCGGCUGCUUCCGCAUGCGGAGCCACAGCUACGUGCGCGCCAUCGAGAAGGGCUGCUCGCAGGACGACGAGUGCGUGUCGCUGAGGUCUUCCUCCCCGCCGCGCACCACCACCACCGUGAGGACCAUCCAGAGCAGCACGGUGUCAUCUUGCAUUACAACAUAUAAGAAGACACCACCUCCAGUCCCACCCAGAACUACCACGAAACCUUUCAUUUCUAUCACAGCCCAGAGUAGCACAGAGUCGGCCCAGGACGCCUACAUGGAUGGACAGGGCCAGCGAGGGGAUAUUAUCAGCCAGUCUGGACUGAGCAACUCCACGGAGAGCCUGGACAGUAUGAAGGCUCUGACAGCCGCCAUCGAAGCCGCCAAUGCCCAGAUCCAUGGCCCAGCAAGUCAACACAUGGGCAACAAUGCUGCCACCGUCACCACCACCACCGCCGCCAUGGCCACCAUCACUGCAGAGGACAGGAAGAAGGACCACUUCAAGAAGAAUCGAUGCCUGUCCAUUGGGAUACAGGUGGAUGAUGCUGAAGAACCUAACAAAACAGGGGAAAAUAAAGCACCCAGUAAGUUCCAGUCCAUAGGAGUGCAAGUAGAAGAAGAGAAAUGCUUCCGCAGGUUCACUCGAUCCAACAGUGUGACGACGGCCGUGCAGGCCGACCUGGACUUCCACGAUAACCUGGAGAACUCUAUGGAGUCUAUAGAGGACAAUUCGUGCCCCGGCCCGGUGGCCAGACAGUUCUCCCGGGACGCCAGCACCUCCACGGUCAGCAUCCAGGGCUCAGGAAACCACUACCACGCCUGCGCGGCCGACGAGGACUUCGAUGCGGAUUUCGACCCUUCCAUUCUGCCGCCCCCAGACCCCUGGAUUGACUCAAUCACCGAAGACCCCCUGGAGGCCGUGCAGAGGUCAGUGUGCCACCGGGACGGCCACUGGUUUCUGAAGCUUCUGCAGGCGGAGCGAGACCGCAUGGAAGGCUGGUGCCAGCAGAUGGAGAGAGAAGAGCGUGAGAACAACCUGCCCGAGGACAUUCUAGGGAAAAUCCGAACCGCAGUUGGCAGUGCCCAACUUCUUAUGGCCCAGAAAUUCUACCAGUUCAGAGAACUGUGUGAAGAAAACCUGAAUCCCAAUGUUCAUCCAAGGCCCACCUCCCAGGAUCUGGCGGGGUUCUGGGACAUGCUGCAGUUGUCCAUAGAAAAUAUUAGUAUGAAAUUUGAUGAACUUCAUCAGUUAAAGGCCAAUAAUUGGAAACAGAUGGAUCCUCUUGACAAGAAGGUAGAACAAUGUAGAUUUUGUAUGGUUCAUUUAAAAACCUGCACAAACGCCGGACAGUCUAAAUAGGCUUCUGCUUUCAGUCUUGCUGUUUACAAUGUGAAAUGGAGCUGAUAUCAUAUUAAUUUCAUUGUAAUGACAAUGUUUACAUAGUAAUCAUUUGGGAUAUUAUCUGUAAUAUGUUUCAGGCAUAUUUUUAAAGAAAAACCUGUCUUUGUGAAUUGGAAAAUGGGAAUGUGGCUUUUUUUGUUAAUUAAACUUUAAGUUAAACCAUUUUAGUCACUGGAAGGAACUGCCUCCAUUUUGCUUUUUAAACUAAAAUAAAUGGCAUCUUCAGUGCAUGAUUACAUACAGCAAGAGUUCAACUUCCUUACACCCCUAGAAUGUGUUUCCGAGAAAAUAGGAAGCCCUGCAAACUAACCGACUUUGAUAAUCAUUUCAUAAAUAUAGUAAUAAAGAAACCACUGUUGUUCAAGUCUAAAAAUAUACACACCGUAAAGUUUCACAGUAAUCAUAAAUGUUGGGAUUUUUUUUUUUUUACCAGCUUUACUAUUGGUUGAUUUGCCUUGGGGAAUAUUGCUCACUGGGUUUCUCAUGCAAGAGCUUAGAAAUAAAGUCUCAAAUUCUUUUACUUGAAUUAAUAAAUGGCAGUUUUCACAUUUGAUUAUGGCGGGUCCACCAGGCUUGCCCAGGUAUCCAAUGUCCACCUCCCUAGGCUGGCCAGGCAUGCAUGACUUUUUUAACCCUUUGCUUUCCUAUGGCCUGAGGUCAGAUGUUUCUAAGAGAUUCAACUUCUAAAUAUUAGGCACAGCUAUACUUGUGAUGCCCUUUUCUGAUCCCUUCACCUAUCAGAGAGCAAGCAGCAGUCCAAUCCAUUCUUCUGCUGCUGCCCGUUAAAAUACCAGGGUUCUUGGAGUCCAUGGGCUCCCAGGAGAAAUCCAGUGCCAACAGCCAGUGCAUAAUCAAAGGGGCCACCGCUGUCAUCACUGGCCCUCAUCUCUAAUUCUGUCACCAUCCACCUGUGGGGUUUUGGUGCAAAGCAUCAAAGUACCAUUGACGUCUCUGUGGCCUCUCACUGGGGGAGCCCAACAUUGGAACUCAAUCUAGUUUUCUUUAAUCUGGGUUUAAAACUGUCUGCCAAAUAAGCUUUUAAAUUGGUCUGAUUUUAAGAAAACACUACAGAUGUACACACCUACUGGUAACUGAGUUUCUAGAGCUGAUCCAUCUAAUUUCUCACUCAUGGAUUUUUUUAAAUUAUAGUUAAAAAAUAAAAUGUGCAAGGAAAGGAAAAUAUGACUAAAAAGUUUCCAACAUUCAUACUUUCAAAAAUAUCUACUGAGUUACCCAACAAUGAAGAUUUUAAACGUCCAAAAGGAGUGAAGCUAAGAAUUGAGAUAUGUAACCUAUUGACACAGUAAAUCAUUAGCUAACUUGAUUUCUAAAUCUUCAUGCACGUUGUCUGCGAUCAGAGCUUUGCAUCACCCCAUGAACUGGAAGGGAAACAAUGAACAAGACAAUCAGAGUUGGUGGAAUAUGGUUUGCACUCUGUGCUUCCCUUUUUUAUCCACACAAGACUCCACCUUAAACAGCCGGCGGGCAACUCCAGUGCAAUACGUUAACUAGGCGCUUCACCCCGGCAAGAAAGGAGGAACACAGAGAAUGCCCUUUGGAAAAUCAUGGAAUCCCUAAUUCAAGAUACUUUUCACAUUUAGUUUUAUGAGAAUUUAGGGUAUUUUAUUAAAAAAUGAAAUCACCAGAUUCACGUGGACCUUUUUGCAGCCUGAAAACUCACCGUCUUUUUCCUAAAAAUGCUUUGGGGUUUAGAUUCCCUUCUUUCCCACUGUACUUCUUUUUCCAGCCCAAGUGAUGAAUGGCUUUUGUUUUUGCAGCGGCCUUUAAAAAUAGCCACCCGUUUUCUAGUUUGCUGCUGCUAGGGGGGAUGAACUCUUUCAGUCCUGUGUUCAGUUUUCAUGGCACAGUGUCUGUCCCUGUGCUGGAAUUGCCUUCUGGGCCGCCACAGUCGCCCCAAGGUCCCUAAGGCGUGACGGUCCAGCAGGAUGUUUUAGGAGCUGACUCCACUACCCCCGAGGGUAAGGAACUGUUCAAGUCCUCCCUCCAGGGUGACCCUGCCCAGUACAUUGCUGUGUGUUUGUGUGUGAUGUGCAAACGGGUGUAACGCACUGUGGCAUCAGCAAAGCUAAACGAACGCAGGCUUACAAUCUUCUCUCUCGUUUGGUUGUUUAGGUUUGGGUGGGCCCGAGGAGAGAGCGGGGAUGUUUUUAAACUCUGAACGGAGCUCGCACCCGCCGCCUCCCUCCUUAGGAGGGAUACAGAGUUCUAAGACGCAGCCGCUGCCACCCUUUCCCGAAAUCUCUGGCACCCGGAACAGUCUGGAGCCUCCAGAGAAAAACCGCAGUAAAUGUGCUGGGAGCCCGCAGCCUUUCAGCAGGCGGGGGGCAUUUUAAAUACCCACAUCCUUCCCUUGGAGAGACCUAGUUCUGCCAUCCAGCUUUACCCUUGGCCUUAGACCUACCGGUAUUUUUUUCCCCCUGCACCUUUUGAAUACGCAAGC